GGCGGGGCGGGGCGGGGCGCGCGGGUGCGGACGGUGUUCCUCUUCGACCGGCGGCGGGAGCAGUCGGAGCCCGGGGAGCGGGCGCUCGACGUGGGCCAGGACGACGACUACGGGGCCUUCCGACGGGCGCUCUGCCAGGCACUCGGCAUCUCACCCGAAGAGAAAUUUGUCAUUACAACAACAAACAGAAAAGAAAUUACAGAUGAUAACUUUAGCGACAGUGUCCAAGAUGGGAUUACCUUGUACCUGCUGCAGUCAGUCAAUCAAUUAUUACUUUCCGCAACAAAGGAGCGAAUUGACUUCUUACCGCAUUAUGACACGCUGGUCAAGAGUGGCAUGUAUGAAUAUUAUGCCAGCGAAGGACAAAACCCGUUGCCAUUUGCCCUUGCAGAGUUGAUUGACAACUCGUUAUCCGCUACGUCCCGUAACACCGGUAUUCGGAGCAUCCAGAUCAAACUGCUUUUUGAUGACUCACAAGGCAAACCUGCAGUUGCAGUGAUUGAUAAUGGAAGAGGAAUGACCUCCAAACAGCUCAACAACUGGGCCGUGUAUAGGUUGUCAAAAUUUACAAGAAAAGGUGACUUUGAAAGUGACCACUCGGGGUAUGUUCGCCCUUUGCCAGUGCCUCGUAGUUUAAACAGUGACAUUUCCUAUUUUGGUGUCGGAGGGAAGCAAGCGGUCUUCUUCGUUGGACAGUCAGCCAGAAUGAUCAGCAAGCCUGCAGAUUCCCAGGAUGUUCAUGAGCUUGUGCUUUCAAAGGAAGAUUUUGAGAAAAAAGAGAAAAAUAAAGAAUCAAUAUAUAGUGGAUUUAUCAGGAACAGGAAGCCUGCCGAUUCAUCUCAUAUCGGAAAUGACGAUGAAAGAUUUCUACACGGUCUGAUCCUAGAGGAAAAGGAAAAAAACAGCUUCACCGCAGUAGUUAUAACGGGGGUGCAACCGGAGCACAUACAGUACUUGAAGAAUUAUUUUCAUCUCUGGACAAGACAAUUGGCACAUAUUUAUCAUUACUAUAUUCAUGGACCAAAAGGAAAUGAAACCAACAUUUCGGCAAAAGAAGUCGGACCAUUCAACAACAUUGAUAUGGAGAUCGCCAUGUUCGAAAAGGGGAAGGUACCGAAGAUAAUCAACCUUAGAGAAAUCAAAGAUGACAUGCAGACGUUGUACAUAAAUACAGCAGCCGAUAGCUUUGAGUUCAAGUCCCACGUGGAAGGAGAAGGUGUAGUAGAAGGAGUCAUCCGCUACCAUCCUUUCCUCUAUGAUAAGGAGACGUAUCCUGAUGAUCCCUGUUUUCCAUCAAAAUUAAAAGAUGAUGACGACGACGACGAUUGCUUUAUAAUAGAGAAAGGGGCCAGAGGGAAAAGACCAAUUUUUGAAUGUUUCUGGAAUGGAAGAUUGAUACCGUACACAACUGUGGAAGACUUUGACUGGUGUGCGCCUCCGAAGAAGAGAGGGCUCGCCCCAAUUGAAUGCUACAAUAGAAUCUCUGGGGCGUUGUUCACGAACGACAAAUUUCAAGUCAGCACAAACAAACUGACUUUUAUGGAUCUGGAAUUAAAGUUGAAAGAAAAAAACACCCUCUUUACAAGAGUUUUUAAUGGACAGGAGCAGCGAAUGAAAAUCGACCGAGAAUUUGCCUUGUGGUUGAAAGACUGUCACGAGAAGUAUGAUAAACAAAUAAAAUUUACACUUUUUAAAGGAAUAAUUACUCGUAGCGAUCUGUCUUCAAAAAGAAUGCAAAGUCCUUGGGCAACGUACUCUGCAAUAGAGUGGGAUGGAAAGACAUACAAAGCCGGACAGUUGGUGAAAACCACCAAGACACUUCCUUUAUUUUAUGGAAGCAUAGUGAAGUUUUUUCUUUAUGGCGAUCAUGAUGGAGAUGUGUACGCUACAGGAGGAGAAGUUCAAAUUGCAAUGGAACCUCAGGCGCUGUACGAUGAAACAAAAACCGUCCCAAUCACAAAGCUGGACAGAUCGGUGGCUGAAAAAGCUGUUAAAAAAUAUGUAGAGGAUGAAAUGGCAAGGCUUCCCGAUCGACUGUCAGUAACCUGGCCUGAAGGAGAUGAAUUAUUACCAAAUGAAGUCAAGCCCGCAGGGACUCCAAUCGGUGCUUUAAGAAUUGAAAUACUGAAUAAGAAAGGGGAAGCCAUGCAAAAGCUCCCUGGUACAAGUCACGGCGGCUCAAAGAAACUUUUGGUUGAGCUCAAGGUCAUUUUGCAUUCGCCGAGUGGGAAUAAAGAAAUCAUUUCACAUAUCAGUCAGCAUGGGGGUAAAUGGCCUUACUGGUUUAAAAAAAUGGAAAACAUUCAAAAACUGGGGAACUACACAUUAAAAUUGCAAGUGGUAUUGAAUGAAAGUAAUGCAGACACUUACGCAGGAAGGCCGCUGCCCUCUAAAACAUUAAAAUUUUCUGUCAAAGAGGGGAAACCAGAAAAAUUUUCUGUGGGUCUUCUGGAUCCUCCAUUUCGUGUUGGAGUGCCAUUCAACAUUCCUUUGGACUUGCAGGAUGAAUUUGGUCAUACGACUCAGCUGAUGACUGAAAUCAAGCCAAUUCUUGAAGCAAGCGGUUUGUCAUUGGAGUAUGAAGAAAUAAGUAAAGGACCAACUUGUAUAAUUAAGGGUGUUACAGCUAAGGGCCACGUAAACAAUUACCAGGGCAAGAAUUUUAACCUGAAGGUUAUUCUACCAGGUUUAAAAGAAGACUCUCAGAUUUUGAAAAUUCGAUUGCUGCCUGGGCCUCCUCGUCAGUUGAAAGUGAAACCCGAAUCGGACAUUUUAGUCAUUGAAAAUGGAACAGCCUUUCCAUUCCAGGUGGAAGUGUUAGAUGAAGUUGGGAAUAUCACAGCCCAGCCCAAGUUGCUUGUACACUGUAAGUUCCUAGGUGCUCCAAACCUUCCAGUAUACACCGUGGAUUGCAGCAACGCUGGGACCAGUAUUUUAACUGGGCCUGUAGUCCAAGUACAGAACAUAAAGAAAGAUCAGACACUUAAAGCAAAGAUCGAAAUACCUAGUUGUAAAGAGGUAACAGCCGUGGAGAAGACUUUCAAAUUGCUUCCCAGCAGCCACGUUGCCAGAUUGCAAAUCUUCAGUGUGGAAGGACAAAAGGCGAUUCAAAUUAAACAUCAAGACGAGAUCAACUGGAUCGCGGGCGACGUCAUGCAUAAUCUCAUUUUUCAGAUGUAUGAUGAAGGGGAGAGGGAAAUCAUCAUAACGGCAGCUCUGGCAGAGAAAAUCAAAGUUAACUGGACACCGAAAAUUAACAAAGAGCACUUGCUUCAGGGUUUGUUACCAGACGUGAAAGUGCCGACGUCUGUGAAAGAUGUGCGGUAUUGCCAGAUAUCAUUCCAGGAUGAUCACGUCUCUCUGGAGAGCGCAUUUACAGUAAGACCACUUCCUGAUGAACCUAAGCAUCUUAAAUGCCAGUUAAAAGGAGAAAGUACAGUACAAAUGGGACAAGAACUUCCGGGAGAAAUUGAUGUAAUCAUUACAGACCAGUACGGAAAUCAGAUUCAGACAUUAGGUUCAAGUUGUUUAACUUCUUUGGGUAUUUCUGGGAAUGGAUUAAAUAAAUCUAAUUUGAAAGUGACCUGGCAGGAAAGUACACAGAGCAUAAAUGUAAAAGGCAUAAAAUUUAAUCCAGGACCUCCCGGAAGCAAGGAAUUGUGUUUUGCGUGGCGUGAAUUUUCUGAUUUUCUUCGGGUGCAGUUAAUUUCUGGACCUCCAGUUAAACUUAUUCUGGUGGAUUGGCCAGAAUUAGAGCCGAUUCCAGUGAUCAACGGAAAGGAAUUGCCAAACCCUCUUGUAGUUCAGGUCUGCGAUUAUUGGGAAAAUCCAUCUGACGAACCACAUAUUAAAAUAAGUCUUCAGAAAGCUCCCACCGUAAAGCUCAGUCCUUCAAACCAGCAGCAUAAAACGGAUGAAAAAGGAAGGGCCAAUUUGGGAGUUUUUAGUGUUUGUGCCCCUAGGGGAGAGCAUAGUAUACAGGUCAAGGGCACCUACAACAAGAGUACACUUGAAGGACCGAUAAUUAAAUUGAGGGUUCUUCCAGAUCCUGAGAAACCUGUGCGUGUGAAUGUUAAAUAUGACAGAGAUGCUUCUUUCCCAGCUGGAAAUAUCUUCGCUGAUUUUAUGGUUAGUGUCCUCUCUGAAGAUGACAGCAUCAUAAAGAAUAUUAAUUCAACCCGGAUCAGCAUGAAAAUGUGGAAACUACCAGGGAGUGGGAACCGGCCACCAGCAAACGCAGAAACUUUUAGCUGUAGUAAAAUCAAGGAUAAUGACAAGGAAGAAGGCUUCUUCUACUUCAGGGAUAAAGUGAUCCCAAACAAAGUGGGGACCUACAGCAUCCAGUUUGGAUAUAUGAUUGAUAAAACGACUUCUCUCAGCAGUGACCAGAUUAUAAUUGAAGUCGUACCUAAUGAACCAACCAAACUGGUCCCAGAAAAUCUUCCAGCGACUCCUGCGGUUUCAAAUGUUCGAGCUAUUACCAGUAGAACCUUAGUCAAGGAUUUGUGCCUCAGCAUUAUGGAUGAACACAACAACCGAACUGGGACCGAAUUGGUUGGCAAGAUAAUAGCUAAAAUUAAAAGUUCCAUUGACGAAGAUAAUGAAACCCCACUAUUUCAAGGGAAAUGUAAAACAGUCGAAUUCCCAUUUCUCAAAGGGAUGGCUGAAAUUUCAAACCUAGUGUUGGCCGAAAACAGUCCUGGAAAGGAUAGUACCGAAUAUUUCAUUGUUUUCGAACCUCAACUGCCAAGUUUAUCGAGAGCGUUGGAACCGUAUCGGCUGCCGUUUAUGUUUUACGAUGACUUUAAGAAGCAACAACAGAUGGCAGCACUUACAAGGGAGAAGGAUCAACUGUCGCAGUCCAUUGUUAUAUACAGAAAUCUCUUUGAUGCCGGGAAUCAGCUCGUCAGUGAAAUGAAAUGUCAAGUUCAAGAAGCAAGAGCAAAAGAAGUCCACCUGAGGCAUGAACUGAAAAGACAGAACAUUGAUAUUCCAUCAACAAACGCGGUUUCACACAUUGAUGCACUCGUACAACAAAAGACUUCGGAACUGGAAGGAUUAAGGAGGCAACCUCGAAGGUCAUGCACGCUUCCAAACUAUCCCAAAGGCAAUCCAGAUAUUUUGGGAAAGAUAGCACAUUUAGCCCAGAUUGAAGACGAUGAAGCCGCAAAGGUUAUUUCUUGGCAUUUGGCAAGUGACAUGGAUUGCGUAGUCACCCACUCGACCGAUUCUGCUCGGCGGAUCUUUGACGAGACCCAAGGACGUCAGCAGGUGUUGCCUCUCGACUCAAUCUAUAGAAAGACUCUUCCAGAUUGGAACAGGCCUCUACCUCAUUUACGGAAUGGAAAAAAUUACUUUAGACCUCUUGGAAAUCCUGUAUUUGCCAGAGAUUUGUUAACAUUUCCCGAGAAUACAGAGCAUUGUCAGAUAGUGUUUGGGAUGCUACUAGGAGACACCAUCAUUCUGGACAAUUUGGAUGCCGCUAAUCAUUACCGAAAAGAGGUAGUAAAAAUUACCCAUUGCCCUACACUGCUGACCAGGGAAGGCGAUCGAAUUCGAAGCAAUGGAAAAUUCGGGGGCCUCCAAAAUAAAGCCCCUCCGAUGGACAAACUUCGGGGAAUGGUUUUUGGAGCACCAAUGCCAGAACUUUACCAGACGCUUGGAGGACAUAUAGAUCUCCUUCAGCAGUAUCGUUUGUCCAUGUGUAAACUUGGUCAAGCGAAUAAGGACCUUGAUAGUCAGCUGCAGUAUUUGGGCUCCCCAGAUAUGCAAAAGAAAAAGCAAGAACUUAACGCACAGGAGGAAAAUCUGAAGCUAAUAGAACAAAAACUAGGUAUGACGCCAACAGGGAAGUGUACCGAGACAGCACUUCAGGGCACCAAACUCGAUAUGUCAGAUACUCCAACCCCUCCUAAAAGAAUGAGAAGAGAGUCCUCAAAAAAACUAUAUAGUUCUGAAGAGUGGAUUUCAUCUUCCGUGAAAAAGCAGAAAACGCAACUGCCGGAAGCCCAGUCGCCAGAAUUUAAUGAAAACUCAAGAAAGAGAAAGUGUAAAGAAGCCAAUUAG